AUGGUACCAGCGGUCAAUAUGUCGAUUUUAUUGUCUGCUGUGCGCGAGUGGCUAAUGCUUCUCGUGCUCGGGGAGAUUCUCAACGGGUUGAAGACCCUUGCAAUGUUCCUUUGCGAGAUAAUAUAUGAUUUCUUCUUCAUCACCGCUCACUUCUAUCCUCAAGACUACACGAGCUAUGCUUGGAUGACAUGGUGGCUCUAUCAGCAACCUUCCUGGAAGAUGUCGAGACACGUCCGCAUAUUGGCCCCACUAAGUGCCAGCCUCAGAGAUGUCAUCAUCCCAGACGAGAAAGCGGAGACAAAUUCCACGAAGGUCGACGACAUCAUGGCAUCGAUCCGGCUCGAGCCCUCCUACAGCGCCCCACACUCCUUUUGGUAUAAGCGGCGCUGGAUACAUGUCUCGCGAGACGAUAUCAGCACGCCAAAAUCCAGGAAGUAUGGUCGUAAAUACGAAUCGAUUACACUAACAAUCUUGUCGUGGAACAGGAAAUCCCUCGACUGGUUGUUAAUCCAAGCAAAGAAAGUGUACACGGAUAUUGUGCGCCAGCUCGUUUAUAUCUAUGUUAGCCGGCCACCCGAGCGAGCUCGAAACUGGUCGUGGAGUUUCAAGGCGUUCGGUCGACGCCGACCGUUAGCUUCAGUCAUCUUGGACAACGGAGUCAAAGAAUCUCUCGUCGGCGACAUUAAAGAGUUUUUGUCGAGCCGCCAGUGGUACCUCAAUCGUGGAAUUCCCUUCCGUCGUGGCUACCUCUUGCACGGCCCACCUGGCUGUGGAAAGACAAGUUUCAUCUAUGCAUUAUCUGGAGAACUGCAGUUGCCCAUUUACAUUCUCCGGCUCUCCUCUCCGAAGCUGGACGAUGAGGGGUUGAGGCACCUUUUGUCUUCUGUUCCGAGCAGAUGCGUCCUGCUUAUUCAGGACAUAGAUGUUGCUCUGUCACGAACCACGAAUCGCAAUGCAGAUGCACAGGGUGAUCUCGCAGAAGCGUCGCCAACCAAGAACGACUCCAUAUCGCUGAACCACGUCACCCUCAGUGGAGUACUCAAUAUGCUCGACGGUAUCACAUCUACGGAAGGCCGUUUGCUUUUCGCGACUACCAACAGAUACUCUACACUGGACCCUGCGUUAUGUCGCUCCGGAAGAAUGGAUGUACAUGUCGAGUUCAAACUGGCGAGUAGGGCCCAAGCGCGCGAGAUGUUCCGCCUCUUCUUCUCCGCAGAGGCGCCAACGAAUGCACACAGGAAUUCAGCAGAGUCUUGGAUAUCCUAUAAGUCUUCCUCGUGCUUGGAAAGCCCACCUUUAUCCACUGAUUGUGACGGCUUGACUUAUCGGCAUCUGGACUCGCUUUCGUCGCAAUUCGCUGACUCGAUCCCGGAGCAGCACCUCUCCCCGGCCAGUCUACAGGUGUACCUCAUGCGACACAAGGAAAACCCGUGUGAGGCUGCGGCCAACGCUGCUGCUUGGGCAAUUACGGCACCCUAG